AUGAUGAAUUCUGAUCGAAAUGUGGAAGAAGCUCAUCGAACACAUCAAGAAUUGAAUAGGAUUUAUGAAAUGAGCAAAGAGAGAAUUGAUAUGAUUAGAAUGUGAGGAUUUUUUUGGGACAGGGAAGAAUAAGAGAAAUUCUUGCGAGCUAAGUUUUGGUGCUAAAAAAAAUCGAUAAACUUUACUAAAAUUAUUGAUUUUUUGAAAGAAAUUCACGGUGUAAAAUACAAAUCGAUUUGAAUAUUGCACUGGAUGAGGUCAUCACCCAAUUUUUCGAAAUGAUCUAUAGAAUCUCUAGUUUUUUGUGAUAAUUAUACUCAAACUAUGUUAAUUACAAGAUAUAUAAUGAGUUUGAUAAACAAAUUUCAAUUUUUUUGCUCAAAAAUGACUCGGUGUAAAAUACAAAUCGAUUUGAAAAUCAUCUGAAAAUUUGAACUAUUUUUCAGAAAUGGAGCCACUGAAUCAAAACAAUUGGUCAGUGAUGUGAAAGAUGUGCAAAAUCUUUUGAGAUCAAUGCAAAUCAAGAUUGGAAGCUUGAAAAAACUUGGGCAAAUUGUAAGCUUUAUUCCUUAAUUCUCAAAAAUCAAUCCCAAUUUUAGAUGGCAUCCCGUCAAGAAAAACAAAAAAACGAAGUAAAUAUUCAAAGUCAUGAAAAACAACUAAAUCAAUUGCAAAUGAAUUUGAGAGAUUGUUCCGGAAAUGUUCGAAAAGAGAUAAAUGAUGAGGAAAGAAAGUUGUUACUUCAUAGAAAAAGUGGAGAAAAUGGUGGGAAUUCGAAUAAAAAGAUUGGAAGUCAUCAGGAGAGAUCAAAUCGGCUUCAAGAUUUGGUUUCGAGAAUGUCACAACAAGUUGAACAAGGUGAACAUGCGAUGGGUUCUUUGGUGCAUUCUUCAACUGUUUUGGGACAAACUCAUGCCGAAUUUGAAAAUCAAUCUGGACAUAUUCAGGUAAUUUGAAGUUGAAAACAAUUUAAAGUUAUCAUUUUGGCUACUUCAUAAUUCAUAUUCAGAGUUUAGCUAAGCAGUUUAAGAUAAUAUGAUCUAAUAAAAUACAUUCAUUUAUUCAAGUACCAAACCAGAAAUUAAUAAAAAAAAGAUUUAAUCAAUUUAUAACCUCCCUCAAUAUUCUCAUCUGUUUUCAAAAUAUAAACAUAAUUCGCCAUAUAAUUCUUGAGAAUUGUAAUUUCAAGAAACCCAUCAUCAGUCACCCGAAUUGCCCCAUUAUCCCAUUCUUUUUGCCAAUCAAAAAUCGAAUAAUUUGAGAGAAUUUCGAAAGUUUGCGCAUAUUCGGCGAUUGUGCUUUCAUUAAAAUUUUGCAACCAAUAAGCAGCACCGUCUGAAAUUUUUAAAAAUAAAUUUUUCAAAAAAACUUGAAAAUUUAUAACUAACCAUAUGUUUGAAAUAAUUGUCCAUUCUUGAAACCCUGAUAAUCUUUGUGAAGAAUAUUUGGGUCUCGAAGACUGUAAUGUUUAUAAAGCGAUUUUAGAAAUCCUUCAGCUUCGUGUUGAAGAGAAAAAUAAUAUAACAUGGUGAUUUUUCAACGAAAAAUGGGAAAUGUUGAUAAAACUGUGUAAGAUUACAAAAAAUGUUUUGAUUUUGAGCCCCGCCUCAAAAUCUCAUAAAAUGUUGAAUGAAUCAUAUAUUUUUGUGAAAAAUAAUUUUUUUUUUUGAAAAAAAUCGUGAGUCACGCAACUCAGACUAAACUUGGUUAUUAGGAAUUUUUGAAAAUGAAAUUAAAAUGAUUAUUUUUGAGCCUAAAAAUGAUCUAUCAUGGUUCAGUCAAUAAAAAUUAAUUUUUCCAGACUGGCAGCAAACUUUUGUCGAAAUAUGAGCAACGCGAAUUCACCGAAAAAAUUCUAUUGAUACUUGCUGUUUUAUUGUAUUUCGCAGUGGUUUAUUAUAUUUUACAAAAGAGGGUUUUGAUAAGAUUUUGGAUUUUUUGA